AACCUCUCCGUUGCUAAGCUAAAACUAAUACUGCUUUCCACUCCGUGGCUGUAGAUUUGGAAAUAUAAACGUGGUGAUGUGAUACAGCAAAUAAGAGGAUGAGGAAGUUCCAGAUAUUUCGCAAAUAAUAUAUGAAAUGUGUAAAAUAGACGGGUUAUUGCAAAGACAUACGUUUUACAGCAAGAUCAGACAGGCAGGUAUUUUACUACAUGCGCGAGCGCACUGACAUCAGGAAAGGCUAUCGUUAACCUAACGCUUUGCCAACUUCCAGUUUCACUGUCCAGGCUUUCGUUUUAGGUAGCCUAGCAGGUUGAGCAACAACGAUGCAUGUGUUAGUGAACAUUGGGUUCAUUUCAGUUUGUGAAUGGUUGAAUAGACUUGGGCUAUAAAGCAUGUCAUAUCCUAAAUCAAAGGAAAACGACGGAGAAUCACACCAGCUACAUAACCUUAGCUAACUGAGAUAUUGGAUGGAGCCCAUCAAUUGUAUUCGUGGUGGUAUGACUUGCAAUACAUUCUGGCCAGCUAAUGUUAUGUAUUUUGAUUGCCAUAUCUGCACACCUGGUUCGUUUGACUAAUUGGGCCACCCCAAAUUCAUAGAAAAAAAUAUUAGGCUGAGUAAUUGCUGCAAGGUAGCGUAAUUAAACUUGAUGUGAUGUUAGUGUUAGGCUACAACAAGGCGGCUAACGUUAACCCUACUCAUUUAAUUAUUUAGCUUUUUUUUUCACGCGCUAAAAUAGCAAUGGUUGCAUAUUUCACUCUGCCGAUUAACGUUACCCCACCUUUAACGUUUCUUUGGACUGCCAUUGGUUUUGAUUUUUUUUUAAAUCUCCAGGUCAUCACAUGGGAGUGCCAUUGACUCUAUGCCAGCAUCAAACUGCAAGGACAGUGAUAGAAACGCGGAAAACGUCACUGAGCCGAGCUCAAGAAAAGUUUGUCAAUUGAGGAAAUAUACCGACCGACCACUUAGCCUAGGCUAUAGUUAAUGUCCAUGACAUAUUAUCCCCUGACAACUGUCUGUGUGGGAACAUCAGAACGCGCGCUACAGCCGUUGCACCUGUCGGCACAGCAGCAUGCCUUCAUCGGAACCAUAGCCCACACAAGCUACAGACAAGUUACUUUUCACAGGACAACAGAAAAUAGGAUUUGGAAUUUUAUGUAUUUACUUGAACACUUUCGGGCUGACUGCAUCACGGCGAAGCAUUGGUUAGGCUACAUCUUUGCUGACGAUUAACUGAACAAGCAUGCCGAACUACAUUGCAAGUAUAGUUUUUGUUUGUGGCCUGUUUGGCCCUAUGCUAUAGUCUAGCCCACUGAUUCUGUUGGAGCAAAAGCCUAUAGUUUUCAAAACUGAUCCUAAGGGCACACACGUUAUAGCACAACUGAUUCGCCAAUGAUGUGGGUUUCUACCUAGCGGUUACCACUGCCGGAAACUUUUAAUGAUGCACUGAAGAGAACUGAUAGCAGGAGUAAAUCACCAAUACGGAUCCAGGAUUCAACUAUGCCUGUAAGAAAAAAAGACACAGCUAGGGCCCUAGGCCUUUUGGAAGACUACUGUGCUAAACUGAGGAAGCCAGAGGAACAACAGCUCAAAACUGCCAUUCAGAGAGUGAUGGGGGUCUUCAAAACCAGCCUGUUCCAAGCACUGCUUGAUAUCCAGGAGAUCUAUGAGGUGACGCUGCUGAACACCCAAAAGAGCUGCGAGCAGAAGCUGGAAGAGAUCAACCACAUGGCUGACAAGUGGGAUCAAACAGGCACGGGCUUCCCCACCACAGUGCUACAACACGCCUGCCCAACAGAGAUGAGGGAGCGGAGCAGCUCGGAGCCCAGUAGGAAGGUGCAGACUGAGAUCAGUGUAAAAGUCUCUGAAAACAGGCCGGCUGCGGUGCAGGGGUCCCCACACACUGGCCAGCCCCCGGCAUGCAUGAACCCCGACUUGAUGAACGCUCCCUGGCAGUAUCGCUAUGAAGAUGAGGACUCUCCGCCUGAGCACGGGUUCCCGCGGCUGACCAACGAGGUGCGCGCCCCUGAGUUGGUGCACGUGUCGGAGAAGAACCUCUCAGAGAUUGAGAAUGUGCAUGGCUACGUGUCCCACUCCCAUAUCUCCCCGCUCAAGCCUGCACUGGUUACCCGUUUUGAUCUUACAUACCCGGGUGUGACUGCAGCAAACUACCUGGCGAGUCCCGCCCCAAUAAUUGUCAACACGGAUACUCUGGAGUCUGUACCUUACGUCAACGGGACAGAAAUUGAAUACGAGUUUGAAGAAAUCACACUAGAGCGGGGGAACUCAGGGUUGGGCUUCAGCAUAGCUGGAGGGACAGAUAACCCCCAUGUCGGCGAUGACCCAGGGAUCUUCAUCACCAAGAUCAUCUCUGGUGGCGCGGCAGCAGAGGAUGGCAGGUUAAGAGUGAAUGACUGCAUCCUGCGGGUGAAUGAUGCCGACGUGUCCGAGGUGUCCCACAGUAAGGCUGUGGAGGCGCUAAAGGUGGCCGGCUCCAUCGUCAGGCUCUACGUUCGCCGGAGGAGACCCAUGCUGGAAACUGUCAUUGAGAUCAAACUCAUCAAAGGACCAAAAGGGCUGGGCUUUAGCAUCGCAGGAGGGGUGGGCAACCAGCACAUCCCGGGGGACAACAGCAUCUAUGUAACUAAGAUCAUAGAUGGCGGUGCAGCACAGAAGGACCAGCGCUUGCAGGUUGGAGACAGGCUGCUUAUGGUGAACAACUACACUCUGGAAGAGGUCUCCCACGAGGAGGCAGUAGCCAUACUGAAGAACACGUCUGACGUUGUCUACCUGAAGGUGGGCAAGCCCACCAGUGUUUACUUAUCAGAUCCCUAUGGGCCACCUGAUAUCACGCACUCGUUCUCUCCAGCAAUGGAAAAUCAUAUCUCUUCCGUGGGAAACAACGGCACUCUGGAAUACAAGUGCAGUCUUCCCCCCAUGCCCAUCUCCCCCGGAAGAUACUCCCCCCUCCCAAACCAGCUACUCGGGGAAGAGGACAUAAACAGGUUGGAUGGUUUUUCCUUCUUACGAAAUGCCUCAAUAGAUGACGGGGAGGGUCACAGGUUUGAUUCGCAGCACUUCCAGUUGAGGCCUCCUGAGCCAGUUUACAGCACUGUGAACAAACUGUGUGACAAAACACCUUCUCCCCGCCGCUAUUCCCCCAUGGAGUGCGACAAAAGCCUCCUCCACUCCAUACCCUUCCCUCACUAUCACUUAGGCCUGCUCCCUGACUCCGAGAUCACCAGGGAUCCCAGGAGGAUGGUCCUCCACAAGGGCUCCACAGGCCUGGGAUUCAACAUCGUGGGCGGGGAGGACGGAGAGGGCAUCUUUGUCUCCUUCAUCCUGGCGGGAGGGCCCGCCGACCUAAGUGGAGAGCUGCGGAGGGGAGACCAGAUCCUGUCGGUUAAUGGGAUCGACCUACGCGGGGCCACCCACGAGCAAGCGGCUGCAGCGCUAAAGGGGGCGGGCCAAACGGUCACCAUCAUUGCCCAGUACCGUCCCGAGGAACUUGCUUUGUGCUCCCCGCGCCGGGCCCCUUCGCCAGCACCAGAGUACGGGCGCUUCGAGGCCAAAAUCCAUGAUCUGCGGGAACAGAUGAUGAACCACAGCAUGAGCUCUGGGUCCGGAUCCCUCCGAACCAAUCAGAAACGCUCCCUUUACGUCAGAGCACAGUUUGACUAUGAGAAGGCCAAAGACAGUGGCCUCCCUAGCCAAGGCCUCAGCUUUAGAUACGGGGACAUCCUACACGUCAUCAACGCCUCAGACGACGAAUGGUGGCAGGCCCGGAGGGCAACCCCCGAUGGGGACAGCGAGGAGAUGGGGGUCAUCCCCAGCAAGAGGAGGGUUGAGAGGAAAGAACGAGCACGUCUAAAGACAGUGAAGUUCAAUGCCAAACCUGGAAUCGAUUCAAAAGGGUCAUUCAAUGACAAGCGUAAAAACAACUUCAUCUUUACACGAAAGUUCCCAUUCUACAAGAACGAGCUGGGUGAGCAGGAUGGCAGUGAUUCCGAACGGAGUCAAGAGGACAUGAUUCUCUCUUAUGAGCCUGUCAUUCGACAUGAGAUUAAUUACGCCAGACCCGUCAUAAUCCUUGGACCAAUGAAGGACAGAAUCAAUGACGACCUGAUAUCAGAAUACCCUGACAAAUUUGGCUCCUGCGUGCCACAUACCACUCGUUCAAGAAGGGACUACGAGGUCGAUGGGCGGGACUACCAUUUUGUAAUGUCCAGAGAGCAGAUGGAGCAGGACAUCCAAGAGCACAAGUUCAUAGAGGCGGGCCAAUACAACGACAAUCUGUAUGGAACCAGUGUUCAGUCGGUCAAAUAUGUGGCUGAGAGGCAGGGUAAACACUGCAUACUUGACGUGUCGGGGAAUGCCAUUAAACGACUACAAGUAGCACAACUCUAUCCCAUUGCCAUCUUUAUAAAGCCUAGAUCCAUCGAUUCAUUAAUGGAGAUGAAUAAGAGGCUAACUGAAGAGCAGGCCAGGAAGACAUUUGACCGGGCCAUGAAGCUGGAGCAGGAGUUUGCCGAGUUUUUCACAGCCCUUGUUCAAGGGGACACCUUAGAGGAAAUUUAUAACCACUGCAAAAUGGUGGUAGAAGAGCAUUCAGGACCCUACAUCUGGAUCCCGUCAAAGGAGAAAUUAUGAGAACACACCACUUUGGCAGGGAGAUUGGACUGCUAGAAACAAAAUACUUUGUAACAUAUGAUCAAUUGUAAUGGCAAUUUAUAUUGUUCAUAAUUAUAGCCAAUUAAUAUGAUUUUUUUUUGUUAUUGAUUAUUUUAUUUUUUUUCACUUUCAAUAUGAAUGUUCCUGAAUGUACACCACAAAGUUCAAGAAACAUUUUUGGCCUAAGAAAUGUUACUGUUUGUAUAUUUAAUGAUUUUUAUUUUUAAGAAAAAUGUUAAGGAAAUGAAUUUUAGAAGAUGGCAGAUACACAAGUCAUUGCCACACCAACAAAGGAGGGGAAGGAAAUAAUAUCAGCUUCUUUUGCUUUUCUCCACCCAACAGCUAGACUUUGUGUCCUCUGACGCUCACCUCACAUCAAUAGUUGACAUUUUGUGUGACUUUGGCAUCUAUGCACUCACAUGGCCCUUGUACACAGUUCAUCAUACUCCUGCUAUUUUUACAUUGUUAUUUUGUAUUAAUUUUAUUAUGUUGUGAAUCCAGAUUUGUUGGACAUUUUUAAUUUGAAUAAGAAUUUUCCUCAACUGUAUUGUUUAUUUUGCGGAUUCUUUCAUAAAAAAACAAUUAUUGUUGAAAUGCUUUGAGAGGGCACAACAGCACAGAAAAUAUUUAUUAUAAAGAUGUAUAACUUUGAUUAAACAUUUUAUUUGAAAAAAUGUA